CUAGGGCCUCUUACGUUCAGGGGCAAAUUAGCUUUAGCGUUUUACGUAGUCAGUGCAUUCCAGGUCUCCUGGUAAACUGGGGGCUCAAUGUUUCUACCGUUUCGUCUUUAUGGGACGUGGUGAUUUGGGGUCGGGUUGGAAGGUCAGCGUUCGUCGAGGAGAUUGACACGAAAAGAAGGGUAAUGUUUUUGUAGCCGGGCCAAUGCUUUGGCUCAUUGGAUUAGCCACGAAGUUGAGAAUGGAGUUGCUACGGAGUUUGGGCCAUCAGAAGCGAGACCACUGGAAAAUCGCUCAUCAAAGCAUUAUAGGACUCGGAGCUUCGUGGGUGCUUCAGAAUAUAUGGGCGUGCAUGUACAUGUAAAGCAUUAACGUUAGUGAUAUUUAGUUUAGUAAAAGACUUAAUAUACAAGAGUACACUAGCUAAGUAACAAUGCUUUUUACAAAGCUAGACUAACUUACUAUUAACUAGCGAGUCCGUUUGUUUUUGUGUAACAGCUCUGUUCAUUUUUUUAUAUAGCUAAGCCGCAAAGUAUACAGCGAAUCAGACCUGCUUUUUCAUACGGAAGGGGUUCGAUCUUAAUUGUUUACUUAUCUAUAUAGUCUCAUAUUUACGAGAGGAGGUUGCCUUAGCUACCUAGCUGCUAGCUAGCAAUUUCCGCUUUCUUCCGCUUCACUGUUGAGCAAUGAUGGAAAUUCGCCUAAUAGCUAGCCUGCGAUAUACAUAGUGGCUAGCUACUAGCAAAAUCUUAACUUAUUUCUUAUGCGAACACUAAUUUCGAUGUAUCCGCAGAUAGCUGUGAUAUUGUUGACUUUGCCACCGCAUACUGUAGCAAGAUGGCUAACGUUAGCUGGCUAACCAUUAUCGAAAUAGACAUCUAGUUAACACUUUUGUAAAACAAAUGGCUGAAUACUCUUUGUAAAACAAUACUAUUUCAUGCUUAUAUCCAGUCAAACUAGGUAAGUGUUAUCGGUGCAGGACCAUCGAUUCCCCAAUCAGCUAGCUAGUUAUACUGUUUAUUACUUUGAAGAAAAACAUUUUGAAAAAGGAAUCCGUAUUCGAAUAGCUAACCUCGUUAAAUAGUCAUUUGAUUUUGCGGGUGCGGUGUGCAAAGGCGUCGCAAACGUAGUCUCCUGGAGUUUAAAAAUAGCUAACGAGGAGAUAGGGUCUCAGGGCGGACACACGCAUAUGUUGACAUGUGGGUGAUUUUGAAAAUGCUGUUCUACCUGGGCCUCGGGAGUUGGGUGCUCGGGCGUGGGACUCAGGCCAUGUCAGCAGAGGAGAAGACGACCAUCAGGGGCCAGGUGCUGGAGAUGUUUGACCACGCUUAUGGCAGCUACAUGAAAUAUGCCUAUCCUGCUGAUGAGCUGAUGCCCUUGAGCUGCAGGGGGCGGGUGAGGGGGCAGGAGCCCAACCGGGGGGACAUCGACGACUCCCUGGGCAAGUUCUCCCUCACGCUGAUCGACACCCUGGACACCCUCGUGGUGCUGAACAAGUUGGAGGAGUUUGAGGAGGCGGUGAGGAAGACCGUGAGAGACGUCCGGCUGGACAACGAUGUGGUGGUGUCCGUGUUUGAGACUAACAUCCGCGUUCUGGGUGGCCUGUUGGGGGCGCACGUGAUGGCCGACCUGCUUCGUGGGCGCGGUGAGAGGAUGCAGUGGUACCGCGACGAGCUUCUCCACAUGGCGAAGGACCUGGGCCAUCGGCUCCUGCCUGCCUUCAACACCACCAGCGGCCUGCCUUACCCACGGGUGAACCUGCGCUACGGGGUCCUGAACCCCCUCUCCCGUACGGGCACCGAGUCGGACACCUGCACGGCGUGCGCGGGGACCAUGAUCCUGGAGUUCGCCGCGCUCAGCCGGCUGUCUGGGGAGGCUGUGUUUGAGGAACACGCCAGGAAGGCCCUGGACGUGCUGUGGGAGAAGAGACAGAGAGGAAGUGACCUCGUCGGCACCGUCAUCAACAUCCACAACGGGGACUGGGUCCGCAGGGACAGCGGGGUGGGUGCAGGUAUCGACUCCUACUACGAGUACCUGAUGAAGGCCUACAUCCUGUUGGGAGACAGCGUGUACCUGGAGCGAUUCAACACUCACUACAGCGCCAUCAUGAAGUACAUCAGCCAGCCGCCUCUGCUGCUGAGCGUCCACAUGCACAACCCCACCGUCAACGUCCGCAGCUGGAUGGACUCCCUCCUCGCCUUCUUCCCCGGACUGCAGGUGUUGAGAGGGGACCUGAAGCCUGCCAUUGAGACCCACGAGAUGCUCUACCAGGUCACCAAGCAACACAAGUUUCUCCCCGAGGCCUUCACCAGUGAGUUCAGGGUCCACUGGGGUCAGCACCCGCUGCGCCCCGAGUUUGCAGAGAGCACCUACUUCCUGUACAAGGCCACAGGAGACCCCUACUACCUGAAAGUGGGCCAGUCCAUCGUGGAGAAGCUCAACGCGCACGCGAGGGUUCCCUGCGGAUUCGCUGCAGUGCAGGACGUUCGGACCGGGACCCACGAGGACAGAAUGGACUCCUUCUUCCUGGCCGAGAUGUUUAAGUACCUGUACCUGCUGUUCUCCGAGAAGAGCCAGCUGCCCCUCGACAUCGACGACUACAUCUUCACCACCGAGGCCCACCUGCUGCCCAUGUCCCUGUCCACCACCCAGCCGCCCUGCCAGGGCAACAGCACGGAGACUCGCACCCCUCCAGAGGAGGAUCUGUUCACUCACUCCUGUCCCAGCGCUCAGACCCUCUUCCCAAACAACCCCUCCUUCGCCAAAACCAUCCGGGACAGCUACAAAUACCUCGCUGGGGUGGGCCGGCCCCACCAGGUGUCAUCCGUACGGGGGAUCGAGCUCCCGCUGCAUGAUAACGGCAUGGAGCCGGUGGAGUUCCUGAAGAGCAUGGGCAUCUCGCUCACCUCCCUGCACGAGGCGGCGGGGGGCACUGGGGCUCAGCUGGACUCUUCUGGGCAGAAGGGUGUGUACCGGGUGAAACUGAUUGCGGAGGUGAGCCAGACCCCGGAGGAGGAAGAAGUGGUGCCCCUUAUCGUCCAGGUCAUCUCCCCCCCGUUUCUGGGAAGAAUAGUACUGACUGCUGGGCCUGCCAAGUUCGGAAUGGACCUUACCAAACAGGAGAAUGGGGUGAAGGGCAGCAUAGUGAAGAGCGCCCCCUACAGCGCGUGCGGCCCCCUGGAGAACGCGGCGGAGCUGAGGGGUCGAGUGGCCCUGGCGCUCAGAGGGGACUGCAUGUUCGCCGCCAAGGCGCGCCGGCUGCAGGAGGCCGGGGUCGUCGGGGUCAUCUUCAUCGACCACAAGGAGGGGAGCAGCAGCGAGGCCACACCCCUGUUCCAGAUGGUGGGCGACGGCGGCCCCACCUCUGACAUCACCGUGCCGCUGGCCUUCCUGUUCAGCCGCGAGGGGGCGGCGCUGACCAGCGCGCUGGAGGAGCACGGCGGCGUGGAGGUGCUGCUGCUGCCCAAAGAGAGGCCGCCAGCAGAGAAGCCCAUGGGCAUGAACAUCCAGAUCCACCUGUCCAAAGACGGAGAGCUGCAGGAGGGGGAGAGCAAAAGCACCACCAUCCAGCUCCGGCUGGAGCCCAGCGAGGAGGAGGAGGAGGAGGAGGGGGAGGAGCCUGGGGCAGGAGGAGAGGGAGGAGCCAUCUCCACGGGGGACCACUGCGCCUCCACGGCGACCGAGGACCAGGCCCCUCCCCCGCACCCGUGCGCGGACGCGCAGACCCCGCCCCCUCCGCCGGACCCCUCCCGCGCAGACCCCGAGAGCGACCCCUGAGGGGGCGGGGACCGCACUUUUACCCACAAUCCCCCGGCAAACAGGCAGCUGCUUCCCAUGGCCCUUGAAGCGAGGCACGGCAGGGCGGCGUCUAGAGCCCGAGAGCGCCACGACGAUCGCCCUCGUUGCCACGGGGACGGGACUAUGACACAGAUAGAGGACGCAAACACAAAAAAGAGAAAAAACACACAAACGCGUAUCCAGACCUCACACCUUCCCCGGUAAGGGGGGGGAGGUGUCCUUAUAGUUUUAGUUAUUAAAAAUUGUGUAUUAAUAUAUGGAGGAGGGAGAGGGGGAGGGGCCUGGCUGUGCAAGCACACAAGUCUUAACUGCCAUUGUAGGCCUCUUCCUGCGGUGAUAUAACCUGAGGGUAGCUUAGACAAACUAUUGAAAAAUGAUGCCUAUUCAUGUACUACGUUAGCAUUACUGAAGAGAGUGGGGUGUGGAUGGGCGAGUUAUUAAUAGCAUAAAUACAUUUAUUAUUUGGGGGGGGUAGGAAGGGGAGGGGGGCAGGUUUUCAGUCUCCUCUGAUUGGUUGAUUUCUCCAUGGACUUGAGAGAAGACGGCUUUCCAAGGACGCAUUGUCGCCAAAAAGAGGGGGUGGGGGGGCGUGUGUCGUCAUAGCACCAGCAGACGGUCUCCCGGGCAACCCUCUGUGGGUAUGGGUGACGCGGGGGCGCUGUGUGCGAGCCGGCCGGGGCCCUCCGAGGACAGGCCGGGGCGGCGCGGACGGAACGCCGCGCGGAGCGACAUUCCGGGUUCCGCCGCGCGUCGCUAACGGAGACGCCGCGCUGGGGGGGGGGGCGGCGGCUCGGCGAACGUUGACCCCGCGACCGGGCGGUGCGCGCGUACGGCCGUACUUCUCCGGCGCCGGAGCAUCAGGGAAAUCCUGCGUCCUGAACUUGGACGCGGGGCGCGUGAGUCUUACAGUCUUUGCGUCGGCGUCACACACUACAGAACGGAAGCGCCGCUCGUUAGCGCGCGCCCGCUAGCCGCGCUAGCCUGCUCGUCUGGCGCCGUCAUACACGACGGCUCGCGUAUCAUGACCUUUUUUUUUUUUUUUUUGGACUCGUCCUUUCUGUAUGCAGCGCGGCGUUUCUGAACCCAAUCAGGCCGUGCAUCUUCGCUCAAGGGUACAAGAGUAGACCCCCCCCCCCCCCUGCCCCUUGCCCCUUGCCCUGGGGAUUUGACCCUGCAACCUUCCGGUUACGAAUGCAGCUUUCCUACACAGACUGGCCGACCCGCGCGCGUUUCGUUCAGGUGUUUCGUUGACCUGGUUCGCCGAGGCCGAGCGUCUGUAGCUGCAGCGAAGCGGCGUCUCUCAUCCCCCCUCGGAUUUAACUGCCUCAGACGCGUGGACACCUGCGCUGACAGCCCUGGCCUCGGCCUCCGCCCGCGCCAGACGCUACCAUAAAUCAAGUUGGCGUGGUCCCGCAGCAAAAUUCGCACCAAAAAUAGGAGUGAAAGUAUAUAUAUAAGUUUCUGCAGACUAUUUUUUGCUUUUGCACACUUGAAGGGCAUUGGCACCUCCCACAUCCGUGACAGAGAAACCAGAUCCCUCCAUUUUGGCCUCGAUGUCGACAGUCGAUGAAUCAAAAUGGCCGCCGAUGGCACGGUGGAGGCGUGUGCCCCUAGGUCUGGGGAAUCGGGGAGUGAGGGUGCACCUGCCGUGUUGCCAGAUGCCUGGUGUUCAUCUCCCCAAAAUGUUCUACGAAAGCCCUCCCAUCCCCUCCAUCUUAAAUUGACCCCCAUACAGAUCGCAAAGCCCUUUACUGCCAUACCAAGGCUGCAGGGCCCACUGGGGUUUUUUUCUCAACCUUAAUAUCAGAAACUAGUUCACGCUCAACCUGGCGAUGAGGUGAGGUAUCCAAUGACAUGCUUUACUUGAUCAGUUAAGUGCCGAGUGCUCGUUGUGUCAACAGAAAGCAAGCGCGUCCCUUGAGCUACCCAGGACCAGGGUUACAGGCCCCUGCCACGGCAUGCAAUCACACUGACGUUUCCACAAUGCUUCAUGAAGGGGAGAACGUUUAGCCCACAAUCUGGCAACCCUGUGUGCUGGGGCCGGGCCAUAUCGCAGAAGAGCUGACCGGCCCCGUGGGGGACCCACACAAACGGGGCCACAAAUCGCAGAACUGUCUCUCUACGUGUUUCUAUGCUAAGCGUUUUUUUUUGUUUGUUUUUUGGUUAUGCAUUUUUUUAUUUUCAUUCUCUUUCUUCGGGUUUGUUGUCGACGCGAGAUUAACCCUGAAUCAUGUCAUCGAUGAACGAUGGUGAACAUCCGCUGUCUAUUUAUUUGAAAUUCUCACGAUGGCCGUUUGCGUCGCCCUACGUCGUCGGCGGACGUACGCACGUGGCUCUGGUUUGUAGGUGGAUCUUCCAGGUUUUUUCGAUCAGGUUUAUCGCUGAAUCUUACGAGAGGAGGAGGAGGAGAAAGGAAAAGAACUCUUUCUGGAAAAUAAAAUUGCCUUGGUCUACGUUUUUUUUUUUUUUUCAAACGAUGUCAAGCAUAUGUGUAUUCUCAGUAUGGCACUUUAUACACUGAAGAUUGCCAAUGCAAUGGCACGUUUCAUUGCACAGUGAAUUCAAUGUCUUAAUCUUGUGUGGAAAAGUUUUUUUUUUUCCAGAAUUUUUUUUUGCCAACUGUAAAAUGACUGUUUCCUAUAUGUAAUCCUGUACGUGUACGUUCCUUGUGUUCUGGAAAAAGGGCUUAAUUCCUACCUUACGUUUCUCUCAGUGAGUGGACGCCUGACCGCAAAAAUAGUCUAAUGUAUAUUUUUGUGAUAUUUAUUAAAACUUUAAUUACCAUUUGAGAAUGUUGAUUUUACACAGAGAAGAAACAGACGUGCCAAAGGGAUGUUUGAGUCUUAUUGCUGUAACGGUGUUCAGUUCAAACUGUACUGUAGACUUGGUGAGUGAUCCCCAAAAGGCUUACUAGCUGAACUGACCUGACAUAGCCAAUAAAUUUAGAAUGAUGGUCUCACUUGA